GACGAGAUCUGGUCACCAUCAGUCCAUGAGACAUGAAGGGAGAGAACCUGGGUUCCUCCUUUAUGUUCCUUUUCACAGAGCCAUACAUGCAGGCAUCUCUGUUUCUGACAUUCAUCUUUAUUUUUUUAUUCUUUUACUUCUGCACAAAGCUGAGCUGCUGCCUCCUCAUCUGUGUGUGUUUGAUGGCCUGUCGCUGCGUAGCACACUCUGACUUACUGCACGGCUCUGAUCAGCCCUGGAACUUUGAUUCUCCUUGUCACUUCCAAUGUCACUUUACCAAGAGGCAGACCUUCAUGUGAGCUGCUCUCUGCCCCGACUCACUGCUUUCAGAGGCUGAGAACAGUUGCAGAUGUUAACUUUCUUACACACAUUUGCUCUGGUUGUCAUGAAGAAUGAGCAAAGCGAUAUAUAUUUUUUUUAAUCUUUAAAUAUUGCUCAGGAUUUGAUUUUUAUUGCCAGUUUCCAUAGUCUGUGUUCAUUUUGAGUCACAGGAAAUAACAAUAUCUUAGAGGAUUUUUCUUUGGUUUCUGAUUGGAGAUGCAUUGAGCAGAGUUUUGUGCAGGCGCGGCUGCAUUGGUGGGCUUUGCCCGCCCACAGAGUCAGUUGUGGGCUUCCACACUUCCCUUCUGUCACUUUUUUCAUUUAAUUUUUUCACUUUCUUUUUUAAUUGUUGUUAACACGUCAUAACUUGUUUACCAUCCAAGAGCCGCCUUUAAAUACAACAUGAAUGCUAAGAUGCUCUCGCUGGGUUUACACCUGUGCAGCAGUGAAGGACACCUGCUGCUGCUGUGUAGAGUUACUCAGGUACGUUAGAAUCAUCUCAGCAAACCAACAAAAAGCAAAGAACUUUGCCCAGUUUUCCCCCCAAACUGACCAACUGAGUUGAGUAUUGCUGUUGGAUGCAGGUAAUGUUAGCUAAAAGACGACUAGCUAGACUGAAUACCAAUACGGCACCUUAAGCUUGUUAACAAGUAGCCUAUAGGCUACUGUUGUUGUUUAUGUUCGAAAGUGUGUAGUACUUGUUACAUUGAGUAACUUUUAUGGAAAUGUUUAGAAAAAUUCCUUUUUUGUUUUGAUAAAGGGAGAUACACUGAAUCAGUCAGAGAAAUGCACAUUUGUCUUUAGUUAUUUUAUUUAGAAAAUCAGAGUAAAUAUCAGCGUCUGAGAAAAGAAAAGCAAGAGAGAAGAAGGAAGAAGAAGUGAAGGGCUGCAUCAGGCUACAAUAGAAUGUUCAGUUCCAACGGUAUCAGUGACAUCAGCAGUGAUGACAUCACUCUAUGAUACCACAAAGGAGUCUCUCUCUUGAAUGUAGCUCACAGACAGAGUUUUCUCAGACCUGUUCCUCGGUUCUAUCGCGGCAGAUCACUUUUCAGAGCACGUUCGAAAUAUUACACGCAUUUCAGAGUAGCAAAUAUUUACCAGAAAAUGGACAUGAAUCAACAACAAAUUGUUCGUGAACAUGAAGCUUUUCCAGCUAAGCUUUCAUGGCUCGACAUGAUGGACCUCAACAUCCAAGUCGAUUACGACGAAGUCAUUUCUUUUGAAGAUGACGGCGACAGCCCCAUUAAACCGGAGGACGAAUUAGUAGAGAUCAAGGGGGAAUCCGGUCCUUCCGGUGACUCUGACAGUCCAACAUCGUUGGAAGUCAAGCAGGAAACAACUCCCUCUGCUGGCUUCGAGGUUUCCCCCUCAGUGGAAGUCAUUGAAGAGAAAAACCAACACAUCGCUGAUCUCACAAAGCAGGUAGGAGAUCUUAAUAAAGAAUUGCACAGAACUAUUAUUGAUCUCGAUGUGGAAAGAGACAGAAGGUUUGAAUAUGAGGCUGAAGUCCAAGCACAGCAGGAGGAGAUUCAAAAACUGAAAAAGAUGUUGGAGAAAGAACGUCACCUGCAAGCCCAACGUGAACGUGGCAGAAACGAGGCAGAGAUUAAAGAAGUGUCAAAAGUUUCUUCCGCUCCCAAAGAUACAACCGACAAGAGCCUACUUCAGCAGCUGGAUCACUUUAAGAGGGAGGCUGAAAAAUACGCCUCCCGGAACAAAGGUUUGAUUGAAGUAAUGGUGGAAGAAUACAAGGAUCAGGUGGCAGACCUGAAGGAGAAGUUGAAACUUGCUCUGGAAAAUGACCAUACAAGAGUUUCCACCCAACCAGAGGCCCCCCUGCAGACAGAAGGCUCCCUACAAACAGAGGAGUCCAAACAAAGACAGACCUCCCAUCCACCAGGGGUCUCCCAUAGCCUGGCUCAGCCUUUGCACCGACCCACACCCAGGUUUCAAUCAGAGGAGUCCAGGCAAAGUCAAACCUCCACACAAACAUGGAGGUCCGAGGAAAGACAGGUGUCCAUGCGACCAACCUCCACUGGUCACAUGGAGGGCCUUCAUGUUGGCAUUGGUGUGAAGGCCAGUCUAUGCCCGGCUCGGCCGUUACACCGACCCACACCAAGGUGGUAUUAACCUAGGUCACCAUCAAAACCCAGGUUUUGCUCAAACUGAGCAUUAUUCUGAAAUUUGAGGCUUUACACAAAUUUGGUAAAUAAAAACAGAAACAGGCCUCAACGGAAAUAAAAUUCCUGACUUCAAAAUCAAUGGAGAAAACACAAGAUCAGUUCAAAACAGCAUAAGAAACAUUAUUAAAACUUUCCUAUAUAAAAGCUGAUCAGGUAAAAUUUCUCAAAGAUUAAUUGAUUAAUUGAUCUCUCUAAAUUGUCCUAAGGUGUGAAUGUGUGUGUGCAAGAAUAAGUGUGUUAGAUGAUGGAUGGAUGAAUAUUUGUUAAAAGUGUCUGACAGUAGAAUAUGAAACAGAGAGUCUGUGAAAAGUCCUCUGGCUCUGCUACUGUCCAGAAACAACCAAUCAGAACCAAAAGACAAACUUUUGGUUCUGAUUGGUUUCUAAUGUGUUGAAUGUGUCUCAGCACAUCCAACACAUUAGACUACUAGUGUACUGCAGCUACACAAUUGGCAGAAUACAACCUAGCAUUAUAUCAUUGUUUAUUUAUAGAAUAAUUUAGAAAACAAAAUGUUGUACAGGUUUGUCAAAACUAUUUCAACCCAUAUUAGAACUUUGAAUUGAUUUCCCUUCAUUUUAGUAGCUGUGAUUUUGCUUUACCCUAACAAUACUAGUCUAUUCCUAAUUCUAACAUUAACUAAACCUUAAUUGGCAUUUUACCUCUAAAUGUUACCCCUGACCCAAAGCAAUGAGUCCAUCAUAUUAGGACCAGGCUUUAGUCCUAAUAUGAUGGAACUAAUGUGACACUGGACAUAUAAUGGUGCUUUCACACCAAAUGUGUUUUGAGCGUCAGGCGCGUCUAGUUUGCAUUCAAAGUCUAUAUGGAGGCACUUCAAGUGUCUAGCAGCCAUUUGGAGCUUUAGGUUCGUCCAACGUCCACAUAGACUGAAUAU